AUGGCGGGCGUGAAGGUGAUCGCCAACGACACCGAGUUCCAGCCCGAGCUGAGCGCCGCCGGCUCCCGCCUGGCCGUGGUGAAGUUCACCAUGAGGGGGUGUGGCCCUUGCUUGCGGAUUGCUCCCGCCUUCAACGCUCUGAGUAACAAAUACCCACAGGCAACGUUCCUGGAGGUGGAUGUGCACCAGUGCCAGGGCACAGCUGCCACCAACAACAUCUCAGCCACCCCCACGUUCCUGUUCUUCCGGAACAAGGUGAGGAUUGACCAGUACCAGGGAGCAGAUGCUGUGGGCUUGGAGGACAAAAUCAAACAGCACCUGGAGAAUGAUCCUGGCAACAGUGAAGACACAGACAUCCCCAAAGGAUACAUGGAUCUGCUGCCGUUCAUUAACAAGGCUGGCUGCGAGUGCCUCAACGAGAGCGACGAGCACGGCUUUGAGAACUGCCUGCGCAAGGAUUCCUCCUACCUGGAGUCAGACUGCGAUGAGCAGCUGCUUAUCACUGUAGCUUUUAGCCAGCCUGUCAAGCUGUACUCGAUGAAACUGCAGGGGCCAGACAACGGACAAGGCCCCAAGUACAUCAAGAUGUUCAUCAACCUGCCACGCUCCAUGGACUUUGAGGAGGCGGAGCGCAGCGAGCCCACGCAGGCCCUGGAGCUGGGCCCCGAGGACAUCAGGGAGGAUGGCAUCAUCCAGCUGCGCUAUGUCAAAUUCCAGAACGUCAACAGUGUCACUUUGUUUGUGCAGUCCAAUCACGGUGAUGAGGAGACGACACGAAUCACGUAUUUCACGUUCAUUGGCACUCCGGUGCAGGCCACCAACAUGAACGACUUCAAACGAGUGAGUGCCUUGCUGAGCCCUGGGGAGCAAACACCGGGGAGGGGGACACAAUUCACACCUGGGGUGCUUGGGGAAAAGCUGCAGCUCUGUCCUGCAUUUCUGCUUUUAACCAUCAGCUGGGUCAGAAGAAAUGGUAAGGACUGAAAGCAUGAGGGGCUGGCAAGUUACACGCACCGAUUUUUUUGGUUGUUUUUUUAAUAGCUGUGAGACUUAGAUCUUGAUUUUGGGAUUCUCUUUAUUGGCACGUUCCUUGUAAAAAGUCCUAUUUCAAAAUACAGUGCUUUAAUAAUGAACUGAUGGUACAAGCACCCUCUAAUUGCAGAAGGUGAAAAGCACUAACACCAACAUGGCACCUACUUAAUUUUUAGCAGCAAAACUUGAUCUUAAGUAAACUUAAAACUUAAUUCCUCUGCUGCUAAUAAGUUAAUAAAGGAGUUUAACAGCUUUUGCUGCCCUUCGCUGCCACUCAAUUAAAAAAUGUUUUACUGCUCUAAAAUAAAUACAGAUUUUGGACCUCCCUCAUUCUCCCCAGACUAGAAAUACAUGAAUUGAAUUUUGAUCUUUUUCCUUUGGAUUUCUGUGGCUGUUUAAGCUGCCUGGAGAAGGUGGAUACAGCA